AGGCCAACAUGGCCUCUUACAGCGGGUGACGGUUGAAGAAACUGUGUUAGGGUCUCAUGGAGAAGCCCCGCGGCGUCGAGGAGACUCCAUCUUCAGAACCUAUGGAGGAAGAAGAGGAAGAUGAGUUGGAGCUCUUCGGUGGCUAUGACAGUUUCCGAGCUUACAACAGUAGUGUGGGCAGUGAGAGCAGCUCUUACCUGGAGGAGUCCAGUGAAGCAGAAAAUGAAGAUCGGGAAGCUGGGGAGCUGCCAACCUCCCCUGUACAUUUACUCAACCCUACGACUCCCCGCUCUGUGGAUGGCAGUGGUUCUGAACCAGCCGUCUGCGAGAUGUGUGGUAUUGUGGGUACCAGAGAAGCCUUUUUCUCCAAGACCAAGCGCUUCUGCAGUGUUUCCUGCUCCCGGAGCUACUCCUCCAACUCGAAGAAAGCUAGCAUCUUAGCCCGAUUACAGGGAAAGCCACCCACCAAGAAGGCCAAAGUCCUGCACAAGGCUGCCUGGUCGGCCAAGAUUGGCGCCUUCCUGCACUCACAGGGGACAGGACAGCUGGCAGAUGGGACACCCACCGGGCAAGAUGCACUGGUCUUAGGUUUUGACUGGGGAAAAUUCCUGAAAGAUCACAGUUACAAGGCUGCUCCUGUCAGCUGCUUCAAACAUGUCCCGCUCUAUGACCAGUGGGAGGACGUGAUAAAGGGAAUGAAGGUGGAGGUGCUCAACAGCGACGCUGUGCUCCCCAGCCGGGUGUAUUGGAUCGCCUCAGUCAUCCAGACAGCGGGGUAUCGGGUGCUGCUUCGGUAUGAGGGCUUUGAAAAUGACGCCAGUCAUGACUUCUGGUGCAACCUGGGAACUGUAGACAUCCACCCCAUUGGCUGGUGUGCCAUCAACAGCAAGAUCCUGGUCCCCCCGAGGACCAUCCACGCCAAGUUCACUGACUGGAAGGGCUACCUCAUGAAACGCUUGGUGGGCUCCAGGACCCUCCCUGUGGAUUUCCAUAUCAAGAUGGCAGAGAGCAUGAAGUACCCCUUCCGGCAGGGCAUGCGGCUAGAGGUGGUGGACAAGACCCAGGUGUCCCGUACCCGCAUGGCCGUGGUGGACACAGUCAUCGGGGGCCGCCUGCGGCUCCUGUAUGAGGAUGGGGACAGUGAUGAUGACUUCUGGUGUCACAUGUGGAGCCCCCUGAUCCACCCCGUGGGCUGGUCCCGACGUGUCGGCCAUGGCAUCAAAAUGUCAGAGAGGCGCAGCGACAUGGCCCACCAUCCCACCUUCCGGAAGAUAUACUGUGAUGCCGUCCCUUACCUCUUCAAGAAGGUACGAGCUGUCUACACUGAAGGAGGCUGGUUUGAGGAAGGGAUGAAGCUGGAGGCCAUUGACCCCCUGAAUCUGGGCAACAUCUGCGUGGCGACCAUCUGUAAGGUCCUCCUAGAUGGCUACCUGAUGAUCUCUGUGGAUGGGGGGCCCUCGACAGAUGGCUCAGACUGGUUCUGUUACCACGCUUCCUCCCACGCCAUCUUCCCAGCCACCUUCUGCCAGAAGAAUAACAUUGAGCUCACACCCCCAAAAGGGUAUGAAGCAGAGACUUUCAGCUGGGAGGCCUACCUGGAAAAGACCAAGUCAAAAGCGGCACCAUCAAGACUCUUCAACAUGGACUGCCCCAACCACGGCUUCCAGGUGGGCAUGAAGCUGGAGGCCGUAGACCUGAUGGAGCCGCGGCUCAUCUGUGUGGCCACCGUGAAGCAGGUGGUGCACCGACUGCUCAGCAUCCACUUCGACGGCUGGGACAGCGAGUACGACCAGUGGGUGGACUGCGAGUCCCCGGACAUCUACCCCGUGGGCUGGUGUGAGCUCACUGGUUACCAGCUCCAGCCGCCCGUGGCCACAGAGCCUAACACGCCACUCAAGGCCAAAGAGGCCACGAGAAAGAGAAAGAAACAGUUUGGGAAGAAAAGGAAGAGAAUAACGCCCACCAGGACCCGGCCCCUGAGACAGGGCUCCAAGAAGCCCCUGUUGGAGGACGACAUGCAGGCUGCUGCGAAGGCAUCAGUGGAACCUGAAGAGGGUCAGUUCAUCUCAGUGCGGGUGAAGGAGGAACACCCAGACAGAGCCGUGCCCGGGAAGCCCGCACGUCCUGAGCUGCCUGUCCCUGUCCAGGACAUCAAGCAGGAGACUGACUGA